AUUCCGGUACUUGUGAAAGGWUUUUGAGCGAUUUUAUUAUUUUGAAAUACUUUUUUAAUGUUAUAACUUCAAUUUCAAAGUAUAAUUCAAACAUGUACAAUGCCAACUCACUGUUGUGUUCCGUUCUGCACCAAGAAAGGCUAUCGAGAUGACAAUGACGGUAAGAUCUCUUACUUUAUCUUCCCCAAAGACAAUAAUAUCAGAAAGCUUUGGGUUCACGCUAUCCGUCGGGAAGAAGGUAAAUCUUUUCAAAUAGUUUCUUCAACGAAAGUUUGUUCAAGGCAUUUCAAGGAGGAAGACCUUAAUAGAACACUUGCUGGCAAGAUAUGCUUGGAACCCGGAGUGGUGCCUUUGGUGUUUCCCUGGCGUACCUCACCAAGAAAACGUAAACCACCAUCGUUAAGAUCUCUCAAUUUUCCUUCGUGCAGUGCUUCAAAUAACGCUGGGGAAGACAGGGAUAAUAUCUUUGUAGAAUCGGCCAAUAUAGAAACCAUAGAGAGUGUAAAAGAAGACUUUGAAAAGACGAGAGAAGUUGAAACACAGACGAACUUUGUUGAAGUGAGAGAUUUUGAAACCCAGACUGAUUUUGAGGAUGUGUUGAAAUUGGCAAAAGACUACGAAACACAAAUCAAACAGCUGGAAACUGAGAUAGAGCACAUUUCAAAGCAAAAAGAUGUUCUGAAAAGUAAGCUUUUUUCGGUGGAAAGAUUCAGUCACAAACAAUCUUCGAUAGCAUUUUACACGGGGUUUCCUAACUACGACGUUUUUAUGGAAAUAUUUACAUACCUAGACCCUGGUGAUAAAGGAGAAAAUAUCAGAUACUAUACGAGCACGACUUCUGAUGUUUCACCAAAUGUGUAUGAUCAAGAGGAGGAAAUCAACGAAAACAAGAGAGGAAGAUCAAGACUUCUAAGACCAAUUGAUGAAUAUUUUCUUGCCAUGUGUCGAUUGAGACAAGGUUUUGCUGAAGAGCAUAUUGGUCACCUAUUCCAUGUAUCUACAUCAACAGUAAGUCGGAUACUUAUAUCA